AGCCGCCCGGAGCCGCUGGCGGGGCUGGGGCGGGUCGUGAGGGGAGAUGGCCCCGAGACGGCCGCGAACCGGCCGGGUGAGGUCGGGGCAACGUCGGAGCGACGCGGCUGUGGGAGUCUGACCUCUGACUGAGGUUUACCUGGGUUUAAGAAGGCUAAGGCUUCCCUAGAACUUUGAUUAGAAUGGACAGUUACUUCAGAGCUGCAGUCUGCGACUUGGACAAAGUGCUUGAUGAAUUUGAACAGAAUACAGAUGAAUGUGAGUGCUUCAGAACACUGCAAGAUCCAUAUGAUUCAAAGCUUUCUUCAGUUUUGGAUUGCUUAGAGCAUGCACACCCCACACCUGAGCUGCCAGAGGAUCCUGCCAGAUGUCCUGCCCCAGAGGAGAGCUCUGUCUACACCCCUGCAGGCACAAGUGAUGUGCUCAGUUACUCACCACCAAAAGAGAAGGCUGUUGCUGGACCUGACCUUUUGUCUACUGUGGACAGGGGUUCCCUAAAUGAAAUUCAGUCUUUGAACCUGGGGAGGUGUAGUGCACCUGUGUGUGAUCUUGUCAGUGACACGGCAAAUUUAGUCCACUCAGUGUCUGUUCGGGAAGGGAGUCAGAAGCUGCAGCCGGAUGACUUCCAGUGCAGCGAAGGGCCCGCUGGCUGUGGCAUGUCUUGUGUCCCCAUUCCUCUUUGUGUGACAUCACCUGGCUGCAGUGGUGCUGCCAGAACAAAAGAGGGUGAUGAGGACUCAGUAUUACAAGAUUCAGGGCAUCUUACAACAGAGCAAAGUAAUAAUUUUGCUUUAAAACCAGAGAGUCAUGCUGCGGGAACAGUCCUGGGCCUGUGUGAUGAUCAACACAGGACAGAAUCUGUAAAGUGCAAUGAAGUACUCGACCACGCUGGACAAACUGCUACCCUGGAUACUGAAUGUGUCACUGUAACAUCACAGAGUUUGCACGCACAAAGUCCCAAAGAUGAGAAAGCCUCCGAAAAACUGCCUUUUGAACCACAAGAUGACAGUGCAUGUUCUGCAGCAAGCAAAGAAGUGUAUGGGGGAAAUGCCAUAGGAAAGGUAGACCCAAACGAUGGGAGUAAUGUUGAUUCCAUGCCUUCAGAUCUGCCAAAGAGGCAUCCGUUGCACUGCAGCAAUGCAACAUUACCUGGAAAUUCUGUCUUACCAGGCUCCUCUUGUCAAAUAGGAGCUGAAGUAGAAUUGGAAAAGAAAGACACAGAAGACAAUUUAGGUAUUGAAGAACUUAAUAGCAGCGAGAUGCUAAGCAGUGUUUCUGGUUCGUGUGUGUCAGCUGAGGACGUCCAGACAUCUCUGUCUUGUCUUCCCCUUCCUGUGUCUGUGUGCGGGUCAUUAGUUGUAACAGAAGAAAAGGUUAAUCCUCUGCCUCAGAAUGCAGUGGAGGAGGUUAUUAGUGAUACUGUAACUGUUCAUGCCGGAGAGUCUAAAACUCGCUUCCCCAGCAGGGAAUCCUGUGAAAAUUCUAGCUGCCACGAGCAAGAAGAUGUAGUUGAAAUCAGUGAAAGUAUUGCAGAAAAAAGUAGGGAUGGAGAGAAGUACAAUACUGAGAAUGUAAUCGAUGAUGGUGGUUCUCAGCAAAUUAAGGCUUCUGCUUCUGCUUUUCUAGACCUUGAAGCUGAGCCAUAUGGUGUUGGUGUAGACACUUUUUAUGAUGAGAGCAUUAGCUCUGUUAUGGCUGACUUUACUGAUGAGAAUGUUAUUAAGAGUGAUAUUCUAAUAAGUGAUGCUGAGCUUGAUGAUUUCUUAUAUGGACAAAGUCUGCAGUCCAGUGUGUUGAAGUCUUCAGACAUUGAUGGUAACUUGAUGGAAGCUGAUGCAGAUGGAGGGAAUUUAACAGAUCUGAACAACCUGGAUUUGACGGAGGUCAGUGAAGAACUUACGCAAACAAAACUGGAGGAGAUAGUGAGCAUUAGCAGUAACCUUAAAGCAUCUGUUCCUGACAAUGAAGUGGAAGCUGCAGUAGGAGUCAGCAUGUCUCAUAGUCAGGGCAGUGAUAGUGAGAGUGGCAGAGGAGCUCUAGCUUCUAACAUUUGUAUUAAAGGUGCAAUACCAAAGCAGUUGCUUGACUUUUCCCAAGGAGCUGCUGGUCAGGGUCAACUGAAUAGAACAAAUGAACUUGAAAGAGAAAACCAGGAGUCUGGUUCUGUUACCCCCGAAGCUCCCCUCUCAGACACCAGUGCAAAUGUUGGUAAUAAUUCUGACCCUGGGGACAGCAGCUCUGAAGCUGGAGGAAAUCAAACUGAAAGUGCCAAAUCACAUAAAAUACCUGCAGUUCUGUCAUGGAAACAACCAUUGUGGGUCCCUGACUCAGAGGCACCCAACUGCAUGAACUGCCAGGCCAAGUUCACCUUCACAAAGAGACGACACCAUUGCCGAGCCUGUGGGAAGGUUUUUUGUGGUAGCUGUUGCAAACGAAAAUGCAAACUGCACUACAUGGAGAAGGAAGCAAGAGUCUGCACUGGCUGUUAUGAUGAUAUUAAUAAAGCACAGGCAUUUGAAAGGAUGAUGAGUCCAACUGGUCCUGUCCCCAAUUCCAGUGUCACCUCUGAACAUUCUUCCGCUCUUCCAUCUGUAGAGGAGGCUCAAAUACCUGGUGGUGCCAGCUCUCCUUCACCAUCUGCAUUGUUGCCUAUCUCAGCACUUAAACAACCUGGUUUUGAAGGUCUCUACCCCAGAGAACAGAAGAGGGUUUGGUUUGCAGAUGGUAUUUUGCCAAAUGGGGAAGUGGCAGACACAGCAAAGCUGUCCUCAGGAGGAAAGAGGUCGCAGGACUCCAGCCCAGUGAACCCGGACCUACUGGAAACACUUGCGGCAGCCUUACCCACUGGAUUCCCAGAGGACAAGAGCUGCCAGACCUUUCUGCAGGAACACUGCUUCAACAAGACCGCUUCAUCUGGACUGCUACCACCAUGGUUUCAGGCUGCAAACCCAGAGGAAAAUGAGCUGCUAACUGAUAUAAAUCAGAAGCUGGAGGAAGAAAUAGAUAAGAUGACAAGAAUGGAGGAAUUACAUCCUUCUGUUCCUUCAGAUGGUGCACAGCAGGCCACUCCAGGCCCGAGUGAGGUGGCACCCAGCUACAAAUCUGUCACUCUAGGAACUGAAGAGUGUUCUCCUGCAGCAGCUGAGAAGAGCAGUCCCAGUUCAGUGGAUCAGAGCACACGGGAUGUGCCUGUCACUGCUUCAAGUUACAGAGCGCUGUGUGGGAUAGAAAACUGGGUGCAACGAGAGAUCAGCCUUCUUCCUGAUGGUGAUCAGCUGCCACCACUUCUGCUUGCAUUGGAUGAAAACGGGAAAGAUCUUCUGGUGGAGGAACAUCCAGUUCACCAAAAGGUCGCUUUGCUGCUUGGGAAAGGACGUUCUAAUCCGUUGACUUUUAUUCUAAAUGCAAACUUGCUUGUAAAUGUGAAGCUAAUAACAUAUUCCUCAGAAGAGUGCUGGUGCUUCUCAACAAAUGGACUGCAUGGUUUGGGUCAGGCAGAAAUCGUCAUUCUGUUGCAGCGUUUGCCAGAUGAAGAUGUUUUCCCUAGUGAAAUAUUCAAAUUAUUUCUUGACAUCUAUAAAGAUGCAAUGAAAGGAAGGUUCAUAAAAAGUAUGGAAAAUAUUACUUUUACAGAAAACUUUCUCAGCAACAAAGAGCAUGGAGGAUUCCUGUUUGUUUCACCAACUUUUCAGAAAUUUGAUGAUCAGAUUCUACCAGAUAACACUUUUCUUUUUGGCAUUCUUAUUCAUAAGCUGGAAAUACCCUGGGCAAAAGUGUUUCCAAUCCGUUUGAUGUUGAGAUUGGGAGCAGAAUACGGGGCCUACCCAACUCCUGUGGUAAGUGUCAGGCACCGGAAGCCACUCUUUGGAGACAUUGGACACACGAUUAUGAAUCUACUUGUUGACCUUAGAAAUUACCAGUAUACCUUGCAUACCAUAGACAACCUGUUUGUUCAUGUGGAAAUGGGUAGAAGCUGUAUUAAAAUACCUCUAAGGAAGUAUCAUGAGGUGAUGAAGUUGAUCAAUUCCUCUAAUGAGCAUGUAAUUAGCAUUGGAGCAAGUUUCAAUACGGAAGCUGACUCUCACUUGGUGUGUGUGCAAAACAAGCAGGGCCUCUAUCACACACAGGCCAUCAGUGCCACAGGACAGCCCAGGAAAGUUACAGGUGCAAGUUUUGUGGUGUUUAAUGGAGCCUUAAAAACAUCUUCAGGUUUUUUAGCUAAAUCCAGUAUAGUUGAAGAUGGGCUAAUGGUACAGAUAACACAAGAAACAAUGGAAAGCCUACGUCAGGCAUUAAGAGACAAGAGGGACUUCAAAAUAACCUGUGGAAAAAUGGAUGCAGGGGACGUGAAAGAGUAUGUAGAUAUUUGUUGGGUAGAAAAUGAAGAGAAAACAAACAAAGGAAUUUUAAGCCCAGUUGAUGGAAAAUCAAUGGAAGGAACUCAGAGUGAAAAAGCACCACAAUACAGAGACUUCGAAAGAGAGGGCAAAGUUAUGAAGUGCACUGAAGUUUACUAUUUUGUAAAGGAUCAUGAACCAUCCAGUGUUGUUCCCCACCAGUUUGCGAAAGAGAUUGCCAUUGCCUGCAGCCACGCUCUCUGCCCUCACCUUAAAACCUUGAAAAACAGUGGGAUGAAUAAGAUAGGACUCAGAGUUUCCAUUGACUCAGACGUGGUUGAAUACUUAGCGGGAUCUGGAGGACGCCUUCUUCCACAGAACUACCUGAAUGAUUUGGACAGUGCUCUGAUUCCUGUGAUUCACGGUGGAAUGUCAGAUCCUACAGCUCUGCCUCUGAAAAUGGAAUUAGUAUUUUUCAUUAUAGAACACCUGUUUUGAUGAGGCUGAUUAAAUGCAUACGCUGAUUUGCUAGAUCUGAACACCAAAGUUAUAAUGCUAUAAACACUAAAAAUGUUAAAGUUUCUAAACCUGUUAUGUUUUAAUAGCUUUGCAAACUGUUUUUUGAAAAACAGAUCCUCAGAUCCUCUCUGGUUCCUCUACCACAAAAGAGUUGAAGUUUGUGUCGUGAAGUUCUGAAAGUUUACACUUAAUACAGGUGCAGAAGAGUGCAGAUUUUAUUGCUCCUCACACAGUUGUUGUGGCACUUGGUAGGUGUAGUGUAACUCCCAAGUUACAGGAUCUUGCCUCUUACCCUCACAUUAGUGUGUUACUAAAGUUGCUGCGGUUCUGUGUGAUCUCUGCAUGUGCUUCCCCCUGCAAGAGUUGAACACUGGAGCAGGGCUGGCCCAAAACUGUUUCCUUUCCACAGGAGGUUCAGACACCAGACCUGCUGUAGCUGCCUGGAGCCCUGUGUGCCAGGGCAGCUCUGGCAGGGCAGGGGAAACACUGUGGGUGUGUGAAUAAACACCUCACUGAGGUCAUUAACCUGGGGAUGUGAUGCUGGUGCUUCAGGAACAUAUGCUCUCAAUUAAUGUUUUAUAGAGUAACUGUUUUCUUUCUUGUAUUUAUAAGGAUUUAUCUAACUUAAAUGGAUGCUGUUUUUAGAAAAAGUGUUUUUUUCUUUACUCUGUGUUCAAAAUUCCAUAUACAAUUUGACCUUUCAAGAAUUAGAAAAAACCAGAUUACCCUUGAUGUAAUCUACAUGUAGCAAUAAGUCAGACAAGAAUUGUGUGCAGUAUUUUUUCUGCUCCUGUCUACUGCUUUUACCACAUUUUAGUAGCCAGCUUUGCUUUCAGGGAGAACGAUGUAUUAAGCCUGAAUUUUCACAAACAGGUUGAUUCUAAUGGAAGGUGUCCCUGCCUGUGGCAGGUGGGGUUGGAACUGUUUAAGGUCCCUUCCAACCCAAACUGUUCUGGGAUUUUUAGUAUACCUGAGGUUCUUGCAUAGGAUGUAUUUUUGAUACUGGGUCAUUUAGAUGUAUUUAUAUAUUUGUGACGCAUGUGAUUUGUGCUGAGGUUCACUGAACUGCGGUUGGGGUUUGGUAGCAGCUAAACAACUGCUUGUCAAGAACAGAACCAAAACUAAAUAUAUAUGAGAUCUAUAUUGUUUACAGUAAGAAUGCUGGUACAAUUUUAUAAUGAGAGUAUUAAAACUUGGCUGCCUUCUUGAUGCUAAUAGGGGAUAUUUUAUGUUUUUGUAUCAAAAGCAAUUUGUAAUUUAACCUAAUCAUCUCUGCUGUUAUCUGUGCUUUAACACUCCAGUCCUAGAAGGGUUCAGGCAUUGAGAUCUUAACCUGUAUGGAACUGACCUGCAUUUUAGCUUCUGUGCUGACUUCUGAGAAGCUGCUGUUAGGGAGAAGAGCUGAACCCACGCACAGUACUAACAAAACAUGUCCUUGUUGAAAACAAGCUGCACCGAGGCCCUUGAUCCAGGAGCCCCAGCAAGAGGAUGGACAGCAUUUUGGGUCUGUGACAGGGCCAGGGCACCUAAAGGAACAACUGCCUCUUGGCACUUAACCUCUACUAACUCCUUUUCAGUAAUGAUCAAUAAAGUUAACUACAGU